ACAGCUGUGGUGUCUGAGAGGGCCAAUCUAUUGUGGCAAAAGAAUUCAAUUUCACAAUUUCUUUCCUAGUGAGGGAAAAAAAUUGAAAAACAAAAACGAUCCAAGAUGGUCAGCCCCCUCACUGCGGUCUUGGUAAGGGAUGGACCUAACAGGGAAAAAAAAUUAUUUCCCCUCAGCUUGAUUCUUUGGCAUUCCCUCUGACUGCUACAAGUACACAGGAGAAGGGCUGGGCCUCUCCAUUCAGGAACAGGGGUCGGUGACUUCCUCAGCAACCGAAGCCAGCAGCACGGAGCAUUGGGAAUGUUUUUUCCUUCUCAUCACAGCAUUGAUCUGCCUUACGACAUCCUGGGCAGCUGGAGAAAAAACACCGGAGCUGUUUCUCCCUUCUAAGGAUUCAGAUGCAGGCAAAGUACAAUAGUACACUGGAUAUGCUAGAUGAUGAUGGGGAGACCACCCUAAGCCUGCGAUCCCAAGCCCUAACCAUUGCUCCGAGGCCAGAGAGCAAGAACUCAGGAUACCCAACUACUUCUCCAACUUGGCGCCCAGUUGCUCUAAUUCUAUUGACUUUGUGUCUGCUGUUGCUUAUUGGCCUGGGAGUAUUAGGGCUUGAAUUUUUUCAGAUCAUCCAACUCUCAAACACCCAGAAGGAUAUUCUGACCCAAAAAGAAGAAAAGCUGGGGAACUUUUCUAGACAGCUACAUUCUCUGCAGACCCAGAAUAGGAAGCUCACAGAUACUCUGCAGCAUCUGGCUAAAAAGCUCUGUCGGGAGCUCUAUAACAAAACUGGAGAGCACAGAUGCAGCCCUUGUCCAAAGAAAUGGAAAUGGCAUAAGGAUAAUUGCUACUGCUUCUUUAAGGAGAGCAAUACUUGGCAGGGCUGUGAACAUUUCUGCACUGCUGAGAACUCUACCCUUCUGAAGAUAGAGACACAAGAUGUUCUGGAAUUUGUGAUGCCUCAUAGCUAUUCUCAGUUUUUCUACUCCUAUUGGACAGGGCUCUCCCGCAAUGGCACUGGCAAUCCUUGGCUUUGGAUGGAUGGAUCUCUUCAUUCCUCUAACUUGUUUGAUAUUGUAGUUGACCUCAGCAGCUUAAGGAGCUGGGACUGUGUGACAAUAUUGAAUGGCAGAGCUUUCUCAAAGGACUGUAUGGAGUUGAGGCGCUGUGCGUGUCAGAGAAUGGCAGCAAUGGUGAUGCCAGAGUGGCUGGAAUAGUCUUCUUAAACAAUGGAUGGAAAGAAAUACACUUGCAAAUGUCUCUGCAAACCAAAAAGGAUGGGAGCCAAACAAAAGAAAGGACAGUUACCCUCUGAAUCACCUGGAUUAUUAUGAAUAGAGGAGCAAAUCUCUCUGGCCAGAAAAAAUUAAUCUUUUUUUCUUGGGAACUGCCAAAUGUGUUCAAUCAUUUCAGUCAAGACCAAUUCUUUGUGUGCCUGUCUGGGUUUUCUUGGAUACAAUACUAGAGUUGUUUGCCAUUUUAUAAAUGAGAAAACUGAGACAAGAGAGUUAAGUGACUUAUCAAAGACACAGUUAGUAAGUGUCUGAGGCCAGAUUUGAAUUCAUGAAGAUGAGUCUUCCUGACUUCAGGCCUGGCUGCUCCAUAUACUCCAUAUAUCUGGGUUUAAGCACAAAUUUUCAGCCACAGAAAAAUCCAAUUUUGAAGCCUUGCCCUGCCUUAAACUCACAUCCUCUAUAACCUGGGCUUACUUUAAUUCUCAAUAAUCUAAUUCUCAGUUAUUUUGGCUGCUUAUGUCCUUGUGUUGUCAUUCCUACUACUUUUAAAGGAAAAUGAGAAAUUAGGCAAAAGCUAUAAAACCAACGGAAAAUUCUGUGCCCCAAAGAACAACUCCUACUGAUCCUUUUGUUUUUGUUUCUGUUUUAUGGUACAUCUCCUGCUAUUCAUAACACCUGAAUGAUUUUUCUCCUUUAAGAAUUAUUUAACCACUGGAAUCCUCUAUAGCCCUAAUGGAUUCCAAGAAUUUUUCAUUUGCCUCAAUGGUCUCCAGGGAGGAAAGUUUAUCUGAGUCCUACAUCAACCAAGGAUAUCUAUUUUAGAUCAUUAUGGGAAGGAAUAAGACUCAUUUCCUCCUUUCAUGGACUUGGGAGCCUAGAGAAAAUUAAGGCUCCAGAUGUCUUUCCUUAUAGGAGACUGGUGCCUUUUAAGUUCCCAUGUUCAACUAGAUAUUUAGCAUCAGUCCUUUCAGGUACUUGUAUAUGAAUUAAUGUGUAUGUAUAGAUUAACUGUGUGGUGGAUUUGCAAUUUUAUUCAUUCUUCCAUGCCAUGACCUCUGCUGUGACAGGAAGGAGCUCCAUAACUGAAUAUCAAGGGCAAAUUACACAUAAAUUAGUGCCAAAGAAUGCAAAUAGCUUUAUUCCCCCCUAAUAUUGAGUUCCUACAUUCAGCACAGAAAGUUACAUGAAGAAGCAAGUUAAAGGAUCCUGCUAUGAUCCCUAUGGUAGGGCCACUUAUAUUCUGGGUAUUUCAAAUAAUUUUUCAGUAAAAAUUCCACUGUUGACCGCUAUUUGCCAUUGCUCAAACUUCCAUAAGAAAUCAGUCAGGAGUCUAUUCAGGUGUCUGGUUAUCUAGAACUCAAUCAACAAUUUCCUUGUGGUAAAAGAUUCCCUAAAAAUUAUCUUUGCUGGUUAUGGAAUUGCCUGGGGAAUGAGCCUAGAAGGAAGAGCCAGGAACAAUCUGUGCUAUCAGUUUUACCCUAAAUAUUUAGGCCUAUAUUAGAGCAAGAGAUUGAAAUGCUAAUGAGAAGGUCAAAAUGUGUACUUUAUUUCCAGUGGGAUCUCUUGGGCGUUACAGAUAGACCUCAUCUUAUUGGACUGCACUGUACUUCACAGAUAUUGAGGAUUUUUUGUUUUCUGUUUUUUGUUUUUUUACAAAUUGGAGGCCUGUGGCAACCCUACAUCAAGCAAGUAUGUCUGUGCCCAUUGUUCAACAGUGUGUACUCACAUUGUGUCUCUGUGUAAUAUUACGGUAAUUCCAACAAUAUUGUGGACUUUUAAAUUAUUAUAAUGUCUGUUAUGGUUACCUGUAAUUGGCGAUUUUUGAUUUUGCCAUCAUAAUUGUUUUGGGGCAUCACAAACUAUACCCACAUAAGAUGAAAAAAAUGAUAAAUAUUGUGUGUUCUGACUGCUCCCAUUUUUCUACCUCCCCUUCAGCCUGAGGUAUAAUAGCUAUUCCCUGAGAUACAACAAUAUCAAAAUAAGGCCAAUUAAUAACCCUACAAUUAAUUCUGAUAUUCCAGUGAAAGGAAGAGUCAACCAAUGUGGCAAACUUCAUUACUGUCUUAUUUUAAGAAAUUGCAAAAAAAAAAAAGAAAUUGCCAUAAUCACAACAACCUCAUCACAACCUACAGCAAUCAUCAACCUGAUCAGUGAGAAACUAUCAACAUCAAGCCAAGACCCUCCACCAGUAAAAAGAUUACAACUGGAUGAAGGCUCACAUGAUAGUGGGUUUUUUUUUUUUAGCAAUAAAGUAUUUUUUAAUUAAGG